GAUGUACUGUUGACUUUAGUUAUUUACAGUCAGUGAUCCUUAAAAAGCCAAGACGCUUCGCGGUCAGUGCCGACGUUUACGGCGUGGGUCAUGCCGAGAUGCUUGGCCACCCUCGUUGAUUCGGUUCCCGGUCCUCGGACUGCCGGACCGUUCAGCAAACACAAGGACAUGUGAGAUCGGAGAAGAGGAGUCCGCUUCGGACGGAAAUGGCGGACGCUUUGGGUUAAAGCCGGCUUUGAGUCUAGGAGUGAUGGGUGCGCACAGUUAGCGCCGCAUGCUUAUUUUAUUUUCACCUGAAGCUUUUAUUGUGUUGGCUUACGAGGCCGGGACACUGGGACGGAUUACCGACUAGGCGGUGAUGAUUCGGAGAUGGGAGUAUCACCUACGGACCCUGAUAUGACCGCCCGUGACCAGGGGGUGAAGCACCCAUCUCCUGGCAGCCUGCCAGUCAUCGCCAGCCCAAAGUACUGCCCGGGGGACCCCAGUGGUGGCGGCUACCUUUGUGAAUCGGGCCACUGCUGUGGGGAAACAGGCUGCUGUACCUACUACUACGAGCUGUGGUGUAAGUGAGGGGAUGCCCUGGUUAUUGGGCCAAGUCGGGACUGUAAGUCAGGGGACACCCUAUGUUAGUGGGGACGAGUCAGGGCUGUAAAUCAGGGGAUGCCCCAUGUUAUUGAGCUGGGUUGAAGCUGUCAGUCAAAGGCCGGCCCGCAUUAGCGGGCCAAGUCAGGGCUAUAAGUCAGGGGACGACCCAUGUUAGUGGGCCGAGUCAGGGCAGCAAUUAAGGAGACGCCCUACGUUAUUGGGUCGGGACAGGACUGUCUGUCAGGGGACGCCUUGUGUUAUUGGGCUGUAAGUCAGGGGACGCCCUGUGUUAUUGGGCUGUAAGUCAGGGGACGCCCUGUGUUAUUGGGCUGUAAGUCAGGGGACGCCCUGUGUUAUUGGGCUGUAAGUCAGGGGACGCCCUGUGUUAUUGGGCUGUAAGUCAGGGGACGCCCUGUGUUAUUGGGCUGUAAGUCAGGGGACGCCCUGUGUUAUUGGGCUGUAAGUCAGGGGACGCCCUGUGUUAUUGGGCUGUAAGUCAGGGGACGCCCUGUGUUAUUGGGCUGUAAGUCAGGGGACGCCCUGUGUUAUUGGGCUGUAAGUCAGGGGACGCCCUGUGUUAUUGGGCUGUAAGUCAGGGGACGCCCUGUGUUAUUGGGCUGUAAGUCAGGGGACGCCCUGUGUUAUUGGGCUGUAAGUCAGGGGACGCCCUGUGUUAUUGGGCUGUAAGUCAGGGGACGCCCUGUGUUAUUGGGCUGUAAGUCAGGGGACGCCCUGUGUUAUUGGGCUGUAAGUCAGGGGACGCCCUGUGUUAUUGGGCUGUAAGUCAGGGGACGCCCUGUGUUAUUGGGCUGUAAGUCAGGGGACGCCCUGUGUUAUUGGGCUGUAAGUCAGGGGACGCCCUGUGUUAUUGGGCUGUAAGUCAGGGGACGCCCUGUGUUUUAUUGGGCUGUAAGUCAGGGGACGCCCUGUGUUUUAUUGGGCUGUAAGUCAGGGGACGCCCUGUGUUAUUGGGCUGUAAGUCAGGGGACGCCCUGUGUUAUUGGGCUGUAAGUCAGGGGACGCCCUGUGUUAUUGGGCUGUAAGUCAGGGGACGCCCUGUGUCAUUGGGCUGUAAGUCAGGGGACGCCCUGUGUCAUUGGGCUGUAAGUCAGGGGACGCCCUGUGUCAUUGGGCUGUAAGUCAGGGGACGCCCUGUGUCAUUGGGCUGUAAGUCAGGGGACGCCCUGUGUCAUUGCGCUGAAAGUCAGGGGACUCCCUGUGUCAUUGCGCUGUAAGUCUGGGGACGCCCUGUGUCAUUGGGCUGAAAGUCUGGGGACGCCCUGUGUCAUUGGGCUGAAAGUCUGGGGACGCCCUGUGUCAUUGGGCUGAAAGUCUGGGGACGCCCUGUGUCAUUGGGCUGAAAGUCUGGGGACGCCCUGUGUCAUUGGGCUCAAAGUCUGGGGACGCCCUGUGUCAUUGGGCUCAAAGUCUGGGGACGCCCUGUGUCAUUGGGCUCAAAGUCAGGGGACGCCCUGUGUCAUUGGGCUCAAAGUCAGGAGAUGCCCUGUGUUAUCAGCUGGGUUGUGGCUGUCAGUCAGAGGAUGCUCUGCAUUAUUGGCCCGGGUCAGAGCUGUAAGUCAGGAGAUGCCCUGCAUUAGCAGACUGGAUCAGGGCUCUUAGUCAGGGGAUAUCCCAUGUUAGUGGGCCAGGGCAGGGCUGUAAGUCAGGGGACACCCCAUGUUAUCAGGCUGGGUAGGGGCUGUUAGUGAGGGGACACCCCGCAUUAUCGGGCCAGGUCAGUGCUAUAAGUCAAGGGAUACCUUGCAUGAGGGGGCCAGGUUUGGGCUAUGUGUACUAGGUUAUGUAGUUUGGGAUCUAGGUCUGAAUUAAUAGCCAUUUACUAUGACCUCCAUACCAUACUUCAAAUGUAACACAUUACACAGUACAAGACUCACCUGAGGAGACAUCCCAUAGACCCGGUUGAGUACCAGUUACUGCUGUCUUCAUUUCCCACGUCUAAAAUGACCUACUUCCAAGAGAAAAUUUCUGCCACCACUGACACUCGCGAGUUAUUCUCCACUUUCAUUGCCCUCCCUUAACCCUCCCCCACCAUCCACCACCCUGUCUGCUGAUGACUUUGCCGCUUUCUCCUAUGAGGUGGCAGCUAUCGACAGCCAGAUAUCCAGACCCUCCACCCACAUGGAUACCUCCUCUUUUUUCCUCAUUCACUUCCCUCUCCACCCACUCAUCCAUCAGCCCACAACUUGCCCUGGAUGCUACUCGUUCCCCCAGGCCAUCUCUCCUACACUUACCCACUUGAUAAACUCAUCUCUUUUGAUCGACACAUUCCCCGUUGCAUUUAAGCAGGCUCAGGUAACAUCGCUUUUUAAAAAACCCUAACUCAAUCAUUUGUUCAGAACUCUUGAAUGUGCGGUCCUCAGGCAAAUCGCUGACUUUUUCCACUAAGAAUAACUUUUCGGACCCUUUUCAGCCUGGUUUCAGACGAGACAUUCGACUGUUGUGAAAACUCAGAGAGCUUCAAGAGCUGCAUCCCAGUCAUCUGCCCUGAUCCUACUAGACCUGUCUGCACCUUUUGACACAGUUAAUCACCAUAUCCUCCAGGCGAAUCCUUCUCAGCUUGCCGUCAGAAGGACUGCCCUAUGCUGAUUUAAUUCAUACCUGUCAGACAGAUCAUUCCAGGUGCCUUAGGCUACAGAAGUAUCUAAGUCACAUCAGCAAUGGCAUCCAGAUCUACUUGAUCUUCUCUCCUGAUGACACCACAGUCUCUGCUUAGAUCUCUGCAUGCCAAGCUGAAACCACACCCUGGAUGAGGGACUAUCACCUCCAUCUUAACCCUCUGGAGUCCGAUGCCACGUAUCUUUCUUGUGUAAUUCAAUUCAUAACUCGCCAAAAUCAUAUUGUAGAAACAAAACGUCAAUUGUCGGAAGUAUUAAAGUUUUUAAAAUUAGGUUAAAUUGACAAAAAAAGUAAACUGUCACCUUACUUUGUUUUCCCUGCAUGGGGGGCGUGUAGUACCGCCUUCACCUGAAGAUCACUAUUCGCAUUAUAAAUAACCGCAUUUCCGCGCAUUCAAAUCGCAAUCGCAUGGUAAUUUGAUGAACAACGCAACAGUGAAACGCGAUCCAGAUACAUCCCAAUCAGCUCCAUAAAAGGGGGAAAGGGGGGGGGGGGUGUGGCCAGGUGUGAAUGGCUCAUUCAUACACAUGAAAGUUGCUGCAUAUUCAAUGAAAGGAGCCCAGAAAUAGGGACAUGAGUUAAGUUAUUCUUAUUUAUUAAUCAAACUGAACUACACCAUUUAGUCAUCUUCAUGUAGCCAAGACUUUGGUGAUCAGAUAUCUGGGAUCAAAACAAACUUCCACCAUUGUUUACUAUGUACUUUUAUAAUGUUUCUGCAAGUGUUCCAAACUGCAUUUUGCAAUGUCUAUACUUUGAUGUCAAAUUACAAACUUCACAUAAAUCUGACAUAUUUACAAAGUACAUUAAAAUAAAGAUGAGCGUAAUGCCAAAACAGAUAUAUAAGAAAUAAUUUAUUAGCCAUGAAUUAAGUUUAUGAUAUUGAAUAAAAUGUGUGAGUAUUCCCCAGUCAGUGAAAGUGUCUUCCCUACCUCUACACCUCAGAGGGUUAACUUCUCCAAGACUGAGCUUCUUGUAUUCCCUGCUAGCCCUACCACCCACCAUGACAUUGUUGUUCAGCUUGGAUCAUCCACACUGUCUCCGUCAAGGUCUGCCAGAAACCUAGGGGGGUUCUGGCUGCUCUGGACCGUGCUGAUCCUGUUCAGCUGCUGCUGCGCUUAUCGGCACCGGCGGGCCAAACUGCGGGUACAGCAACAGCAGCGGCAGCGAGAGAUCAAUCUGAUGGCGUACCAUGGCGCCCGCAGCCAUCCGGCCUCCAUGCUGGACCUCAGUUUCCUGGCCUCCUUCAAACUACCAUCCUACGAGGAGGUGGCGGCACAGCCCCGGACGCCCCCCCCACCAUAUAGCACAGUGUUCGCACUGCACGGGGGCCGGCACACCGAGCACGCUGGACCCAGUGGCCUGGCAUCCUCCCAGAGUUCAGAUAACUACACCAGCUGCUCCUGCGAGUCCUGCUCCAGCGUGUCAGCCAGCAGCAGCUCCAUGUCCAUGCAGGCGACAUAUGAGACCAACACCAGCAAUGCCAGCACGCCGGGGGAGACGGAUGAGUCUCGGGCCCCCAGCGCAGACACAGCUCGGCCUGCAACAGCCUCCCCACCACCCCUGCCCCCUCCCACCCUCACGCCCCCGCAGGUGGCAGAGCAGAGGGAGCGAGAUGCCCCCAUGGAGCAGGCCUCAAACGAGCAAGCCUCCGCAGAGCGCAGCCUGUCCCCGCCCAAACGCACCCUCUUCUCCUCCACUGUGGACUUCUUCGAGCCGGAUACCAGUCACACAUCUGACGCCGAGGAGGAGGACAGCCACGCCGAGGGUGGCCACUUCCGGCACCGGCUGCUGACGGGCGACUCGGGCAUCGAGGUGUGCCGAUGCAAGGUAGAGAGUGAUGACGAGGACGAGGAGGCAGGGGCUGGUGGAAGCACAGAGGCUGGUGAGGGUAUCGCCUUCAUCCACGACAGCGCAGACUGCUCCGGUCGUGCUGAGGUCACCUGCGGGACAAAGGCAGAGGAGGGAGGUGCUGUCUGCGGCAGUGUGAGCCUGGGCUGUGUCGACGAUGUUGUCAUUGCCGUGGAGUCCAUGUAGGCUGAGGAUGGCAGGUGGGAGCCUAGCUCCAUGACUAACAUCCUGCAAAGAGAAGGUGAUUUAGCGAGAAAGCCCAGAGAUUCAUAUAGCUCCCAAGGGACCUGCCGUAGCACUUUUCCAAGUGUGACUCAGAACAAAGAGGAGUUCUGAAGGGCAGUGAAUGCAGGUGCUUCUUUUGGGUGGUCAGCCCGCGUCGCCCUCCUUGGGCGGAGGA